ACGGACCCGAUCUCCUCGCCAGCUACCGCCUUUGCCAACACACGAGUUUCACUAUAUAUCGAGCGAAAAACGUAUACAGCCAUGCCUCCUUCCCACCAAUACACCCACAGCCAAAGCCAAUCCCAUCACAUGCCCCGCCAUUCCAUCCUUCCCUCCUCGGCGGCUCCUUCCAUGGGCUACGGCGGCGGCGGCAGCAGCAGCAGCAGCAGCACUACCAGCAUGUCCAUGGCCAAAACCCGGCAGUACGCCAACCUGCACGCGCAGCUGGCGCAGCUGAACAGCCACCUCCGCGACACGGAGAACCUGGUGCGCAUGACGGCCGUGCAGGCGGAGGAUAUGCGCUUCCUGGGGGGAUAUGUUGGGGCCCUGUUUAUGGGGUCGGCGAAGGUGUUGGGUGAGGAGGGGAUUAUCAAGACUGAAGGUGGUGGUGGUUCUGGUUCUGGCUCUGGUUCUGCUGGUUCUGCUGGGGCUGGGGGCGAGAGUGAGAGUGAAUGAGAAGUUUAGGCCUUUGGUAGAGAGGGAGAGAGAGAGGGAGGGAGGGGGUAAUGCUAUGGGUUAUUCAUCGGGGACAAUCAAUGCUGAUCCUAUUGCUCUCUUUGAUCGUCAAUGGGGACGCUUCAUUCCCCGUUGUCACCAUCACCAUUACCACCUAUCGCCACUGCCAGUACAACGCUAUCUGGCAGUCUACCAAAUUUCCGUCAUACGCUACUUCCUACCGUGUCUGGUUCGAGGAAAGCAGGAAUCGAAAACAAGGAUGGGGAUUAGGAGUCGACCACGAACCCUCCACCCAGGAUGAUCGCGGGCUCGUCGAUGCUGUGGUGCUCGUAACU